ACGCCUCAUAACGGGGUAGCAAAUAUAGGACCUUUCUAAUAACAGGUGUUACCACAAAAAUAUAGGCCUGGUAUAACGUACGACACGGCAUCCUGCUUACAUAUCGAUCUGCCAUAUCAUAUCUAAUUCUGUUUUUUAUAAAUGGAUCACGAUGUACUUCCGGCAAAAUCGAUGUACUGCACCUUGGUUAACAAAAGUAACAACGUAAAAUAUGUGUGCUACUCACACAGGAAAGCAGGGGUAUUCAAUAUCGGUUUAACCAAUGCCUCGGAAGUGUGGAGUACAGAUUUCACAGAGGAGACUUUCGCCGAACAUAGAAAAAAAUUUGCCUUGACGUCAGCAGAAGAUUACAUCUCAAAAAUCAGAUCAGCAUGCCGGAGUGGGAGCGCCUCAGUGUCCACGCUGGAGGAGGGUGUCUCCCUCCAGCUGGGCGGGACCACAGGGGCCGUGACCGUCACCCUGUCCAGACUCAGCGACCCCGAGGCCAGUGAGGCACUGAGGGACCUGCUCUUCGGGAUGGCGGACACUCUGACAAACCUGAACGCCGCAGGGGGCUCCCCUUCAUCCAGCUUUAUGAAGGGCCAGUUCAGGCGCAAUCCAGACUUUGAGCCAAGGAGGCAACAGAAUGGCCCAACUGUGGCUGUAAGGAAGCGCCUGCCUGGGGAUUCUCUCAUCAACCCAGGAAGCAGAAGAAAGAGGCCUGCAACAGGAGUGGCCUUUGAUGACAGCGAGGAUCUAUGAAAGCAGACAGACAGAGAGACAGACAGAGAGCCGGACAGAAGACAUACUGAGGCAUAAACCUCUGCUGUGCCUCACCAAUCCACUCUUCCUGCAAAGGUCUCAACUUCAUCUGGAACCCAUGAACUCUACACACAUAACGGAACCUGAAUGUACUGCUUCUAAACUUAACAAUUCCUACAUGAAUUUUUAUGGAUUUCAAGGAUAUACCUGUCAAUACAAUGAUUUUUAGCAUUUUAAAUCGGAGAGGGGGCAUGUUUUUAAGUGCACUGAUUUUAACUGGUGGAUGUUUUAAACUAUUAUUAAUGUGUGUGUAAUAAACUUGCUUUUGAUUUUUUUUUCAAUGUGAAGUGCCUGUAGAUCAGUAGUUUCCUGAGAGAGCACAGAAAUAAAAUGUUUCUUGAUAAUAAAGCAAUUUUCCUUAAAUACAUGCCACCAAAAAACACAUCACAACCGACACAAGAACCAUUUUAUAUCCUCAAGGGACUUACAAUUGUAUGCUUUGGCUGUGUGAUCAU